AUGUCGUACGUCCACACAGGAGCUCCGGUGGAGUUCAAUGGAACUAAUCCUGAUCUCGGCGGCGAUUCCGCCACUGAGAACCUUAACCAAUGGUAUCAGUCCGGUGAUCAGGCCUUCAUCCUCGUCGCCUCCUGUCUCGUCCUUUUCAUGGUCCCCGGCAUCGCCUUCCUCUACUCCGGUCUCGCGAGGAGAAAGUCCGCUCUUUCCAUGCUAUGGGUAACAAUGAUGUCCUUCUCCGUCGUCGUCUUCCAGUGGUACUUCUGGGGCUACUCUCUCGCCUUCUCUGUCGAAUCCGGCAACCCUUACAUCGGCGACCUCACCCACUUCGGCCUUCGAAAAGUCCUCGGAGCCCCGUCCCAAGGCUCCCCCCUCGUCCCCGGCCUCCUCUACUCCUUCUACCAGAUGAUGUUCGCCGCCGUCACUGCCGCCCUCGUUGUUGGUUCCGUCGCUGAGAGGGGUCGCGUCCUCCCCGCCAUGGUCUUCAUCUUUUUCUGGCUUACUCUCGUCUACUGCCCCCUUACCUUCUGGAUCUGGUGCUCCAACGGCUGGGCCUUCAAGUGGGGUGUUUUCGACUACGCUGGUGGCGGCCCCGUCGAGAUCGGCUCCGGUCUUUCGGCUCUUGCUUACUCCUGGAUCCUCGGUCGCCGCAACGAGCACAUGAUGAUGAACUUCCGUCCUCACAACAUCUCCCUCAUCACCCUCGGAACUUGCUUCCUCUGGUUCGGCUGGCUCGGCUUCAACGGUGGCUCCGCCUUCGGUGCUAACCUUCGUGCUGCCAUGGCCUGCUGGAACACCUGCUUGACCGCCAUGUUCGCCGCUAUGACUUGGUGUCUCCUCGAUUUCCGUCUGGCUAAGAAGUGGUCCAUGGUCGGCUGGUGCUCCGGUUGUAUUUCUGGUCUUGUUGCUGCCACUCCUGCUUCCGGCUUCAUUACCCCUUGGGCUUCCAUCGCCCUCGGCGUCGUUGCUGGUGUAGCUUGCAACUUUGGCACUAAGAUCAAGUUCAUGGUCCGCAUCGACGACUCCCUCGACGUCUUCGCCGAGCACGGCAUCGGCGGCAUUGUCGGCCUCAUCUGGAAUGCAUUCUUCGCCUACGACUGGGUCAUCGGCCUCGACGGCGUCAACGUCGGAAUCACCGGCGGCUUCGUCAACGGCCACUACCGACAAAUCUACAUGCAGAUCGCCUACAUCUUCGCCACCUGCGCCUACGCCUUCGUCGUGUCGGCCCUCAUCGCCAAGGCCAUCGAUCUCGUCCCCGGCCUCAAGCUCCGUGCCAGCGAGGAGGCCGAGCUCCUCGGUCUCGACGAUGAUCAGCAUGGCGAGUUCUCGUACGAUUACGUCGAGGUCCGCAGGGACUUCCUCGCCUGGUCUCCUCAAAAGACCGAGCAGAUGCCACAUACUAAGAUUAUUCCCGUCCUCGGAGAGCAGGAGCUUUCGAGUAUGCAGGCUCGAUCCAACAACCACAGCAUCUCUUCUUCUCAUGGAAAGCAUGAGCAAGAGUCAUCGGGCCCGGAGCAGGAGCCCGAGCACCCUCCUUCCAAGGAGGCGUGA